AUGCAACAUUGGAUAGCUGGAAAGAAGAUUCUGAGGUACCUACAAAGAACAAAGGCUUAUAUGUUGAUUUACAGACGCAUAGAGAAUUUAGAGCUUGUUGGUUAUGCUGAUGUGAAUCCUGGAAAAGCAGAGGAUGAUUACAUCUCUACUUCAGGUUUUCUUUUCAAGAUGGCAGAAGCAGCUAUUGCUUGUAAGAGUGUUAAAUAA